GCCGCGGAGCCGAGGCAGUUCCGCUGUCUGGUGUGUACGCGGCGAGCUACUCCCGGCGCCGCCCGCUCGGCUCUCAUAGCGCCCGCGACAGCGGCCCGGACGCCGCCUGGACAUGGACUCCGCCGGCCAAGAUAUCAACCUGAAUUCUCCUAACAAAGGUCUGCUGUCUGACUCCAUGACGGAUGUUCCUGUCGACACAGGUGUGGCUGCCCGGACUCCUGCUGUUGAGGGUCUGACAGAGGCUGAGGAGGAGGAGCUCAGGGCUGAGCUUACCAAGGUGGAAGAGGAAAUUGUCACUCUGCGCCAGGUCCUGGCGGCCAAGGAGAGGCACUGUGGAGAGCUCAAGAGGAGGCUGGGCCUCUCCACCCUGGGGGAGCUGAAACAGAACCUGUCCAGGAGCUGGCAUGAUGUGCAGGUCUCUAACGCCUAUGUGAAAACUUCUGAGAAACUUGGAGAGUGGAAUGAGAAAGUGACCCAGUCAGACCUCUACAAGAAGACUCAGGAAACUCUUUCACAGGCAGGACAGAAGACUUCAGCUGCCCUGUCCACAGUGGGCUCUGCCAUCAGCAGGAAGCUUGGAGACAUGAGGGCUCAUCCAUUUUCACACUCCUUUAGCAGCUACUCCAUCCGCCACUCAAUAAGUAUGCCGGCCAUGAGGAACUCUGCAACCUUCAAGUCGUUUGAGGACCGAGUUGGGACCAUAAAGUCUAAGGUUGUGGGUGACAGAGAGAACGGCAGUGACAACCUCCCUUCCUCAGCAGGGAGUGGUGACAAGCCCCUGUCGGAUCCUGCACCUUUCUAAGCCUGUGGUUGCUUCACCCGCUGCAGAGCACACGCAACACACCCUCAGCAUCACAGCCGCAGCUCUGUUCAGCGGAGCAGCCAGCCAGGGCGGAUGAGCAGAGCCGGCUUUGAGGACAGUCCUGCCCAUCCACAUGGAGAUGUGGCUGCCGCGUUCGCAUGAAUUUAAAGAACACAGGCUUGUACACAGAUGUUUUACACUCAAGUUUGUAGAUGAAACAGAUCACUGUGCUGUCCUUCCUAGGGGUGCAGGAAGUGGACAGGAUGGAGGAUUUGAAAGAAUAUUGAGCCAAAGCCCAGGCUCCCUUUGGGAAUCAUGUUAGCCCAUCAGAAUGUUGAAGGAUUGAAGGGUUCUAACCAUGAAAUAAGCGGCAUUUUCUGACUUCUUCCUCCUCUUCCCUCCCUGACUCACAGAAGGAAUGCAAUCACCCAGCAAGUCCUACCUGUUAACGCAAUUUUUUAUCUCAAAAUGCCAAACGAGAAAACUGUCCAUUUUCUGAGACCCCCAGAAGGGAAACUGAUCCUCAGCAGCUGCCUAAUUGUCACCCUAAUCUAGCUUGAACGGAAGCAAAUUCAUUCUGUUUAAAUGCAGUGGACUUUUCAAAAAGUUUAAAUUAGGCAAAGCAGCUUUAGCCUCAUAAAAUAUUAUUUCUUUGGACUCAAGCUGAAAUACAAGCCUUACAUUGCCUUAUGCUUUAUUUUUUUCUAAUUUUUAUAUGUAUAUAGAUGAGGGUUCCUUAAUGGUUGUGAGCAUUGUGUGGAAUUUUACACCUGGCCUGCGUGGCAGCCUCUUCCAGUUGGGGUGUUUUAUUUCACACACACUCCAUCCCAGUAUACAAAACCUGCUUCUCUUCUCAACCGUGGCAGCUGCCACUGGCUCCCCUGCCCUGCCCUAAAGGGCUCUUGAGCCUCUGGGAAUGGGAGGGGCCAAGAGAAGGAAAACCCUGUCUUUAGCACCCUUUAAAAGAGCUGUGCCCCCCUUCUCAGUGCUGCCUUUGCAUGGGCCUGGCCCUGCUCACAUUCGUCAGUGACUCCAACCCUCCUGCUUGCUGCACUUGGGAUGAAACCACCCCACAGGUCAGGUGGAGGGUGGGGCGUGGGCAUCAGCUAGGAUUGCUGUUGCCUUUUUCUCAGGAGCUACAAAGAUCUCUUCCUGUUACUAAAUGGUCACUCCCCAGCAGCCUGUCUUGCACACCAGGGCCCUGCAUGUCAGACGGCGUGGUCUGCAGGGGCAGCUCUGUGCCUUAGUGGCCUGCCUGUGGUGUGCCUGGCUCUGCCACUCCCAGGAGGGGAAGGGCUGCUCAACUCAAGGUGUCCUGUUCGGUAGAACAAGUGUCCUCUGACAGCCGUGUCCCCGGACAGUUCAGACACCCUUGGGGAUGGCAUUCCACACACGACAAAGAUGCAGGGGCCAGGGAACCCCAGCGCUCGGUGCCCUUUGUCCAGGGUUAAAAUCGGCCUGUGGGGUGUGGUGAGAAGGCAGGUUGUGCGGUUGUUAACUGAUGUAUCUUUUCCUUAAAGUUAUUAUAAUAAUGGGUAAUUUGCCAAUAAAGCAUUCCUUUGGGGGAAAGUCCA